AUGGCCCAGCAGAUGGGACAGGGGUCACCUGUCGAGGCCACCUUGGCUCUGCCAGGGGAAGCCAUCGCGGUGCCCGAGCUCCCCCCUGCUGCCAUAUCCGAGUCUCCUGCUCCCUCCUCGGCACACGACGCGGUGGUUAACAAGCUCCUGAACCGGCCCAUCGUCCAUCGCAGCAACUCGACUCCAGUUCCCGAAUCCGCGUUUGGACCAGACAUGCACCGCACACUGUCGGGGACACGCACGCCGAAAGAUUCGGAGCGAGCGCGAGACCAGACUCCGAGCGAGGCCAUACGCGACUCACCUCUGUCCACCUUGCUGCGUGGCCCACUCGAUGCUUCCGGAGACGGCGUUACUCGAGCACUUGGAUCUCACAUCGAAGCAGUGUUGUCCGCGCAAGUCGAGAUUGGCCGCGCACAUCUUGCUCUCGAAGGGAUCGGUGCUCCGAAGCCGGCCCGCCUCGACCUCGUGAACUCGACCUUGGAUGAAGGCGAGGACGAGGCUGAAAGAGCUGCUGAAGCGGAUGAUGCCGACGAGGCCGACUUGUUGCGCCGCCAGCAGGGCGUAGAGGAACUCAUGGCGAAGUUAUCCACACUCGCGACAUCGAUCAAGUCUUACCAUGCCAUCGGCACGCCAGCCCUCAUCUUUCCUCGGACUGGGCUCCCUCACCAGCGCCACGCCGUUGUGCCAGCACUGCAUGAUCCGAAGGCAGGCUUGCCCAAAGUGGCCAUUGCGAUGCCCAAUGUGGCACGUAACGAAGCGCUCCCGACAUCAGCGGGCAGCGUUCCCAUUCCUGAAACCGGGCUGCGGAUAGCACUUCCCACGUCUACCACCUCGUCGACAAGUGUCCAGUCCCCGGUGUCUCCUCCGCCGAUCUCUGCGCCCGCCACCGCUGGUCGCCGUGGCAGGCACAUGUGGUUCCGCAAGAGUGAGAUGAUGGAUAGCCCUACCGAGCUCUCUCCGAUCGAGAGAGACACGGACAGCGUGCGCUAG